AUGGCUCAUCUUCCUAACGAAGUGGUCAGGAUGAUUGCCAAGUACGUAGCAAAGGGGGAUCUACCAAACUUCCGGCUCGUCAAUAGCACAUACCGUGCGCUCUCCGAAGACUGCUUUACCGACAAGUGCUUCGAGGAUCUCGUUACAUCUAUCGACCGUGCUGCUCUCGACCACCUGCUCUCUGCAGUCUGUCACGCGCAGUUCGGUCCAGCUAUUAAGACUCUCACAAUCCAGAUGAGCGGCAUUCACGAGGAAUACUGCGUCAUCAGAUUAGAUAUCAUGGUCAUCUUUGAAGUCUUGCGCGUCAGAAAACAACAGGUCGCCAUCAAAGUUGUCUUCACGGCAAUGAAUCUUCCUGGACCUGGUUCAAAGUGGCACGAGCUCAACAGCGCCGACAUCCUUCUAGUCAUGUUCGGCAAUGUCCAAGACCACUACGACCUGGACGUUUCUCCCAGAACCCUAGACUUCUCUCUGCCUUCGCCGGCCGCGCGCUCUGACAUCUCUCCUGCGCGAACGAAGCUUGCCUCGACCAUUGCACAUAUCUCUCUCUUCGAUGUAACCCGCAUCACCUACACCGAUGCGCCUGGUUUCAUUCUCUACGACCCGCAAACACAAACUCUCAAGAUAGAGAAGCUGAAAGUCGAACACCUUCAUGAGGUACUCCCUAGCUUCUUCAAACAGACCCCCAUUCGCAAAAUCAGUAUCACCGCUACUGAUAUUGACGAAUCUACCCUCUAUGAUCUCCUCUGGUUUGAGCAAGACCUUUUGGUGGAACUGGAGCUCAAAGACAUCUCUUUGUUCCCUGCGAUUCCAAAGAGUCGCCUUUUCUCACGCUAUCACCUCGACGCCCACAGAAAUGUCUCCUGGUACCGUAUCAUCGACAUGAUGCGCUGUUGCAUCUUUCUGAAUCGCCUGGAUGUGAGCGAGCUGCGUGCAGAUGGUGGUGUGGAGGUUGCGGCUAUCUCGGCCGUCACCACGCCCAACGUCUUCGCCGCCAUCCACAACGAGCUUCGCCGCCUCGAAGCUCUACGCAGAUAA